UCCACCAACGGUCACACUUAAAUAAUUUUUUGCAUUUACGCCGCACGUUUUUCUUGUAAAUAAAUAAAAAUAAUAUAACUAAGAAAGAUGUUCCGCCUGCAACAAUCGCAACCCGAUCCCGCCGAGGAGCAAAAGCGCGUGGCCUCCGAGGUCCGCUUCAACUUCAUCCUGUUUGGCACCAUAAUCGCGGUCGUGCGCCUGGCUCCUGUGGUCCUGCAGCACUUAAACACGGCAUAGGCGUAAAGUUAACUAUAUAAAGGAAGUUCAAAGAUGACUAUUAGCAGUUUACUUGUAUCAUUAUCUAGUUGUUCAAGCAAUUGUAGUGAAAUCCCAAACUGGCACGCAAAAUGCAUUUAUUUUAAGGCACUUUGGCUAAUUUGUAAUGUGUUUGAAGUUUAAAUCAAGGCAUUUUUAAAUGUAGAGAGUGAAUAAAAAACAAGAAGUACAA